AGCACUAUAAAUAGCAUGAGAUCAGAGACACUUUCAGCACUGAAAAAACAAUAGAGAACAACGGAGGAGAGAAAUUGAAAAAGAAAGAAAGAAAUGGAGGAAGGAAGCCAUGGAAGAGGAAGGAAAAAGGGAGGGAUGGUCACCAUGCCCUUCAUUUUCUCGAAUGAGGUAUGCGAUAAGUUGGCGGUGGUGGGUUUCAACACGAACAUGCUAAGCUACUUGACGGCCCAACUCCACAUGCCAUUGACGAAAGCAGCCAACACCGUCACCAGCUUCGGUGGCACCGCCAGCCUCACGCCACUCAUCGGCGCUUUCGUCGCCGACGCCUACGCCGGGCGCUUCUGGACCGUCAGCGUCGCCUCCAUUAUCUAUGUAGUCGGAAUGACCCUUUUGACCGUAUCCGCCGUGCUCCCCCAGCUGAGGCCUCCCCCGUGCGAGGGCGACCAAAGGUGCCAAGAGGCCAGCGGCGGCCAGCUUGCCGUCCUCUACACAGCCCUCCUGCUCGGAGCCAUCGGGUCGGGAGGGAUCCGCCCUUGCGUGGUCGCCUUCGGGGCGGACCAAUUCGAUCCGAACGACCCGAAGCAGUCCACCAAGACGUGGAAAUACUUCAAUUGGUACUACUUCGUGAUGGGGGUGUCUAUACUGCUGGCAGUGACGGUGCUCGUUUAUAUUCAGGACUACAUCGGAUGGGGCUGGGGUCUCGGGAUUCCAACCUUCUUGAUGUUCCUCUCGGUCAUCACCUUGAUCGGCGGGUACCGGCUGUACAGGAUGAUGGAUCCAGCAGGCAGCCCGUUUACCCGUUUGUUGCAGGUGUGCGUGGCUUCGUUCAGGAAGAGGAGGGUAGCGAUGGUGACGGAUUCGACAUUGUUGUACGAGAAUGAGGAGCUCGAUGCCUCAAUUUCGCUCGAUGGGAAGCUUGUCCACACCAACCAUGUCAAGUUCCUCGACAAAGCGGCCAUCGUCACUCCAGAGGAUGAUGUGAAAUCGCCUAACGUAUGGAGGUUGAACACGGUCCACCGAGUGGAAGAACUCAAGACGAUGAUCCGGAUGGGCCCGAUAUGGGCCUCCGGCAUCAUCCUCUACACCGCCUACGCGCAGCAGAGCACUUUCUCCCUCCAGCAGGCCAAGAUGGUGGACCGCCACCUCGGCCGCUCCUUCCAGAUCCCUGCGGCCUCCAUGUCGGUCUUCACCAUGACUGCCAUGCUGCUCACUAUAGCCGCCUACGACCGCCUCCUCGUCCCGGUGGCCCGCCGCUUCACAGGCCUCGACCGCGGGAUCAGCUUCCUCAAGCGCAUGGGAAUCGGAUACUUCAUCUCCAUCCUGGCUACCCUCGUCGCAGGCUUCGUCGAGGUCAAGCGAAAGCACUACGCGAAGGCCCACGGGCUGCUGGACUUGCCGCAUGCCAUGAUACCCAUGUCGGUUUUCUGGCUCAUGCCCCAGUACGCGCUGCACGGGAUCGCAGAGGCGUUCAUGGCAAUCGGGCACCUUGAGUUCUUCUACGACCAGGCCCCGGAGAGCAUGAGGAGCACGGCAACAGCGCUGUUCUGGACGUCGAUCUCGGCCGGGAACUACUUGAGCACCUUGAUGGUCUCGCUGGUCCACAAGUACAGCGCCGGGCCUGAUGGGUCCAAUUGGCUUCCGGACAGCAACCUGAACCGAGGGAAGCUGGAGUACUUCUACUGGGUGCUGACGUUGUUGCAGGCUCUGAAUCUGUUGUACUACGUUUGUGUGGCCAAGUUCUACACGAUGAAGCCGGUCCAGGUCCACACUGUGGAAGCUGUGGAUGUCACAGACGAAGAAGAUAAAGAUAAAGCCGCGGUUGAGCUCGCAAAAGUUUAGUUGAUACCAGUUAUUGAGGAGGUUAUCGGUAGACACAGUUUCUCUAUUUGGGUCACUUAAUGGUGCGACUGUAAAUACUCUUUUAGGAUUGUAUUAACAAUCGUAGAAGGAGAAGCAUCCUCCGGCGGCUCGCUGCAAGUUAUGUUCCUAUCAAGUCCUUGACACUUAAUGGAAGUAGAAAAAUAAAGCCUCCA